AAUGAAGAGAGGUGUUUUGACUAAGAAGACAAUUUUUUUAUUAUUAUGAAGAGAAGUAAGCCAUAUGGGCCAUAGUACACUAGGUCUUUAAGAUUAUUCUACACUUUUGCAGCUUUAAACAGAAAGACUUUUUUUGCCAAAUUCAAUGUUGACCAAAAGGGAAGUGUGAACCUGUUUUUAGAGGCUCCUCCAACAAAUUUGCAAUUUUUUUCCAACCUUUGACUUACCGAAGUGUGUGUAACCAUAUUUCUGGAAGUUGAUAGGAAAUACUAUUCAUGUGAGUAUCAGAAAUUCUCAUAUCUUCAAUGUUCACAUUUGUAUCUGAUAUCUUCAAAAAGCAAUUUUAGUGAAUAUGGUUAAAAAGUAACUUCGGUUUUGUAUACGAAUUAAAUAUUCAUGCCUUUACUGUAGUGUGCUUUUUUUAGAUCUUUGUUUUAUGUGCAAAAAAUUAUGAAAAUAUAAAAAUAGUUUACACAUGUUUUAUGCUUUUAAUUUUUUUACUUAGAACAAAUAUUAUUUUAAAAUGGCUGAACCUCUUGACGAAGAUGCUUUACAACAGUUAUACACAUGGAUAGAUGAAAUUCCUCUAUCGAGGCCAAAACGGAACAUUGUCCGUGACUUCAGUGAUGGUGUAUUGGUGGCUGAAAUUGUCCAUCAUUUUAUUCCAAAAAUGGUUGAUCUUCACAAUUACUCGCCUGCCAAUUCAACUACUCAGAAGCUUGACAAUUGGAACUUGUUGAAACGACGUUGUUUCAGUAAACUUCAGUAUAACAUAGAAGAAGAUUACGUCAAAGGUGUAGUAGCAUGCAAACCUGGCAUAGUGGAGCUUGUGUUGGCUGAAUUACGUGAACAUAUUGAAGGAUAUGUUUCUCGACAAAAAGCUGCAAUUAUGAUGGAACAAAAUCAAAUGCAUGAUGAAGUCAGCACAGGAUACGAACAACAAGAGGCUAUGAAUGCUGAUCAAACUGUAAUCAAUGGCUAUGAUCAAUCCGGUCAAAACUACAACAGCUAUAAUGGUUAUGUACCGUAUGAUCCGUACACACAACAACAAACCGUCGACAUGCAGUAUCAGUUUAAUAGCCAGCCGCAUGCUGUCCAAGAUAUUCGAACGAAUACGACAAAGAGAGACCAGUGUAUGUCACCAAAACGCAACAGUGAAGAUGGAAGAACGCAAGCGAGCAAAGCGAAAACCAAAACUAUCGCGAGUAGCAGUAAAACUUCUGCUGCUAAUGACGUCACAGCCUUGAGGUUAAUGUUGGAAGAAAAAGAACAAGCUUUGUUAGCCUCACAAGAAACUGUACAGAUCUUACAAGCAAAAAUAAGAAGGCUUGAACAUCUGCUUCAUUUAAAAGAUUUACGAAUAAACGAAUUUAAGAGUCGUCAACCUCAAGGCGUUCUACCGCCUGAAAGCCACCCUCUUCCCGCCCCGCCACAACCGCAACUAAUUAAUCCACAGUCAAGACAAAUAACGCAUGCGCAAACUUUUCCAUUGCCUGCUGGUUACACCAGUAAUCAAUUUCAACCACAUCCGCCUCUUCCCCAGAUUCCUCGUCCACCGUUUGAGGACGGGAGAAAAUAUCAAAGGUAGCAUUUUUAUCUGGCAUUAAAGCGCGGGAGAGACUUUCACGAUUGUGCAGCACGAACGUUUAAAAUGUGUAAAUACUGGCGAAUAGAUAAAAAAAUAUUGUACCAUAUGUGAAUACUGAAUUGAUUAGAUGAUUUUAAAACCGAGAUUUAAUAAUAUAUGGAGGUAAGCGGACAGGAAGUAAUAUUUUCGAUGGUGUUAGUUGUAUACCCUGUUGAAGCACUUGAGAAUUGUAAAUAAUUUUUAAAAUUGAUGUUUUGUUUCACUUUUUAUAGAAGUUUAUGUGUGUAAAGAAUAUUUUUGGCCUGACCGUGCUGCAUCUCUUUUCUUCAUAAAUGUUUAACCCUAAGCCUCAAUCUCGAUCGGAGAACUAGUUGUAUCUUGUGAUGCCUGCCAAGAGAUACAUAGCCUUGGGGCUAGUUUUCCUAAGACAAAUUCAGGGAUGGCCCUAGUUACACUCAAACAAUGAAGAUGUCUAUUUCAAAGUUGUUGAAUUAGGAUUUCACUUUUUGUUUUGAAAGCAUUUUGUUAAAAAGUAUGGCUUUUUUAAACAAUUGGAAGAGAUGCAAC